AUGAGAGUCAACUCUUUGGUUUUGUCCUGCAUGAUUUAUUUAUUGAAGUUCUGCCACUUCACUUCCGCCGACAUACCGAAUUGUGCUUUCGAGGAUACCGUGGAGUUGAAGAAAACUCACAAACAGUCAAAUGAUUCUUACGUGUAUGAGGGUGUACUGGUGCCAGCCCAUAUGAGAGGCUACUAUGAUUAUGUUGAAUUGUUUAACGGUGUACGUACCAACGUUCCGAAACAUCUACGUGGCUGUGUGUGUCAACUAAAACGAUGUGUAAAGUUCUGCUGUUCUUCGGGAAUUCCCCUGUUUCGACCGACCAAAAAGGCACCGGUGGAAUGUGAUGUGGAUAAGAAGGAGUAUUCACCACUCGUUAAUAUAACAUUACCCGACAGCAGCCGAGUGGUCAUGAAUGUGCUGGAUAAAUUUGUGGUGCAGCAGGGCAUACCAUGCGGGGAUGGUUAUAUGCUAUUACCACAUUUGUACGAAGAGGAUCAGUGGGAAUUGUAUGAGAAUGGCACGAUUGUACGUAAACUAGAUAAUCUGCCCAGAUCACGGCGGGAUUACUGUCUGACUGUAUUUAAUUCACCGCUGGCAACUAAAUUUGAACUCUUUCCAUUGUACUGUGAUAAAGUAGACGCAUUUGGAACAAUCAAGAUCAGCACGACUUGUAUGAUGAUCUCUGCGCCCUUUCUAUACUUAACCAUAUUAAUCUAUUGGGUCGUUCCGAAAUUGUGGAAUUUACAUAGUAAAUGCUUAAUUUGCUACCUGCUCUCAUUAGCCAUUGGCACAACGCUGAUUGUAGUGAUCAAUAUGUCAACUUCGGAGUAUCCAAUUGCUGUUUGUGCUACAAUGGGAUUUUUCGCUUACUAUUUCCUAUUGGCCGUCUUCUUCUGGCUGAACGUGAUCUGUUUCGAUUUGUGGCAAAUUUUUCGCGGCAACAUAAGCAACAUUGGACACAUGUCAGAAGCACAACGUUUUCGCUAUUACUCGCUCUACGCUUGGGGACUGCCUGCUGUCAUGACGGUAAUCACGGUCGGUUUACAGUACUCCAAUUUACCGGCUGAACUGCAAUCGGGUAUCGGAGACACGCAUUGUUGGCUGAACACUGAGGAAUGGUCCGCGAUGUUGUAUUUUUAUGGCCCCUGCUUGAUACUCAUUCUAUCCAACAUCGCGAUGUUCUAUUCAACGGUGAGAAGGAUCUAUAAUAUACGUCGCGAAGUGCAGAAGCUGACGCAGGAUGAUUACACGCUACGGCGCAUGCGUGGGCAUCAAAAUAACACGUGGCUCUUCUUUCGAUUGUUCAUUUUAAUGGGCAUAACUUGGCUUUUGGAGACUUUCAACUAUUUGGCUGGCGAUUGGACAGGAUAUGAGUAUUUAAAUGCGAUUUUGAAUGCUGUCAAUGCGUUGCAAGGCAUAAUUGUAUUUGCAUUGUUGGUUAUGAAGAAGAAGGUGUUGCUGCUGAUUAAGCGAGUUAUUUGUGAGUCUAUUGGAAAGUAUCGCAAGCGAAAGACGCCAACAAUUACAACCGGUAAUCUGAAUCGUCCACCAAUUGAGGGAGAUGAGCCGCACAUACAAAAGUAA